GUUUGGGUGCGGGGGGGGGGAUGAGGAGAGGAGGAGGCUCCGAGAGGUGGAGCGGGCGGGGAGGCCGGUCGGGUUUGUUGUCAUCCCAAGAUGGAGUUUCUGUUGGGCAACCCUUUCAGCACCCCGGUGGGGCAGAGCCUCGAAAAGGCUACAGAUGGCUCCCUACAGAAUGAAGACUGGACACUUAACAUGGAGAUAUGUGACAUCAUCAAUGAGACAGAAGAAGGCCCAAAGGAUGCCAUCCGAGCGCUUAAGAAGAGGUUGAAUGGAAACAAAAACUACAGGGAAGUAAUGCUAGCUCUAACGGUACUGGAAACAUGUGUGAAGAACUGUGGCCAUCGCUUUCAUGUCCUAGUAGCAAACCGUGACUUCAUUGAUGGUGUUCUGGUGAAAAUCAUCUCUCCCAAGAACAACCCGCCCACCAUUGUCCAGGAUAAAGUACUUGCACUAAUUCAGGCCUGGGCUGAUGCCUUUCGAAGCAGCCCUGAUCUAACUGGGGUCGUCCACAUUUAUGAAGAACUCAAAAGAAAAGGGAUUGAGUUUCCAAUGGCUGAUCUGGAUGCUUUGUCUCCAAUACACACACCGCAGAGAAGCGUUCCUGAGGUUGACCCAGCUGCCAGCAUGCACAGGUCCCAGUCUCAGCAAAGGAUGAACUCCAGUUCCUAUUCAUCUCCUUCUCCAACGGCGUACUCUGCUCCUCAGGCCCCGGCUUUGAAUGUGACUGGCCCCAUCACAGCAAAUACAGAGCAGGUAUUGUCUGAGCAGAUUGCACGACUGCGGAGUGAACUGGAUGUUGUUCGCGGAAACACCAAAGUGAUGUCUGAAAUGCUCACAGAAAUGGUCCCUGGGCAAGAAGAUUCAUCAGACCUUGAGUUACUGCAGGAGCUGAACCGCACCUGUCGAGCCAUGCAGCAGAGGAUCGUGGAGCUCAUCUCCAGGGUGUCCAAUGAAGAAGUCACAGAAGAGCUACUUCAUGUAAACGACGAUCUGAACAACGUUUUCCUCCGAUACGAGAGAUUUGAGCGAUACAGGUUGGGUCGGUCUGCACAGAACGCAAGCAACGGGGUUCUCAGCGAGGUGACUGAAGACAACUUAAUAGACCUGGGGCCUGGCUCCCCGGCAGUGGUCAGCCCCAUGGUCGGAAACACAGCGCCGGCGUCAACACUUUCGACCCAACUCGCUGGGCUUGAUAUAGGCGCAAACAACGUGAGCGGAACGCUCAGCUCCCUCCAGCACCCCAACCCCCGGGACGACUUCGACAUGUUCGCACAGACGAGAGGCAGUUCACUGGCUGAUCAGCGCAAGACCGUAACGUACGAAGACCCCCAGGCUGUUAAAGGACUGGCAUCUGCCCUGGAUGUUCGGAAACACAACACAGGAGGGAGGAGAGGUAAAAGUGGCAGUUCAGACAUGGAGCCCAUAGACAAGUGGCUAAUGACGCAAGGAAUGAUUCCCGUCACACAGUCCUCUGUCAUGGAUGACAUUGAGGAAUGGCUCAGUACCGACGUGAAAGGAGACGAACUGGAAGAAGGAGUGACGAGUGAAGAGUUUGACAAAUUCCUAGAGGAGCGCGCCAAAGCUGCUGAAAGGAUCCCCAACCUGCCCUCGCCACCUCAGGAGGAGCCCACGCCACCAACGACGGCAAACCCCCCAAGCAAAAAGAAGCCGGAGCGCUCGGAAGAUGCCCUCUUUGCCCUGUGAUGCUCCUUCCUCGGCUCUUCUUCCUCGUGUGCGUGUGUGGAGGAAGGCAACCGCGCAGUCCAGCGGCCUCCUCGUGCUCUCCAGCUAGCGGCGAGCUCCCUUUGCCCCUCCUGGGUUCCAUAGAUGGCCUCUCGUACCUCUUGGAAGCGAUCCAGCCCGAAUAAGCUAACAUUUCACAGAGUAUUUACAUCCAGCCUUGUCACUCCUGUGGCUGUCCUUGCCCACUCGCUAAGCUCCUUCUCUCUCGCACCCACCCAGUUCAAUACCAAGACCCUCUCUCUUUAAUAAUAAUAAUAAUAAUAAUAAUAAUAAUAAUGCAUGAAUUCUUUCCCAUCUCACCGACCCGCAUUCCCAGCAGAUCCAGAACAGAGUUGUGCAGAGGGCAGCCCUGUCUUUGAUUUAAGCCAAAACCUCCUUUUCCCCACAAGCCAGUCCAAAGUGCAACAUGCUUGGUGCAUCUCUGAUAGCGGUUAAGUGUGUUUAGGUGCCUGUUUCUCAAGAACCGGCGCAGCCUUCCCAUAGUUUGAACACAAAAGAAAUUAAUCGUCUUGCUCCAGUCCCAGAAUUUGGUGCCAUGCGUGGCCUGUUCCCCCUCCCCAGCUAGGUUUUGGAUCUUAACCGUAUUUUUCAUGGGAUGUUUGUUUGGCUUUCUGCCCUAAGGUGGUCAACUGCAGUGAGGAUUGUGACCUGGCUCUGAUAGGUAGGCCAUGUUUCUUAAUUUGCCAGGUGGACUCCUGGCACACACAUACCAAGGGCCUGCUUUGCAUGGGUGUAUGUGAGACACGCACACGCACAUACACGUGGAAAGGGGUUUAGAAUAGAUCCUCUGUCCUUGCCACAGAGCUUCAGAAAGCAGGGGCGUCGCUGAGAAUCCUGGGGGUGCGAUCCCGCCACAGCUGGGCUGCUGUGUGCAUUGCAAGGAAGGUGCACUUCAAAUUUUGAAUGGAGAAGCUUCAGUGAGAAGCAAGAGACAGUGUGGUGCAUAGUCUGGAAUGCCGGGGGACGACCCUUGUGGGCACCUCGGCUGCUGCGUUCUAAGCGAUGGCUUUUUCCGUCUUGUCUGCGUGCUCCUCUGCCUCCGCUAGCAAUGCUGUACCCCUGAAGUUGCUGUCAGGAUUUCCAGGCUGUGCCAAAUUCUCGACAGGGUACUUGCCUUUCGCUUCUCUGGCCUUUCAACAAAUCCCCUGCCAGGUGGAGUUAGAGAAGGCAGAAGUGACCCUUUUAGUAUGGGAGUUGAUCUUGCUUGCUGUUGCUUUGCUGGUCCAGCACGACUGCCACUUCCUGGUACCUGGGCCUCCAUAUGACUGGUAACUCUGGGUGAUGAACCUGUAUGGGUGGUUUGCAUAGCAGAGAAUGGUGCUCUGAGAUGGGAGCACCCCAUGCGAUCCACUGACAAUUUGGUGUGUGGUUUCAACCUGUCCAAGGGUAUAAUGUAGGGUCCAUCCAGGAGGAAAGUAGCAACUGCCCCCUCCCUGGGAACACGCCACGUAUUUGUGCAGGAUUAAAUCAAACCACGGGAGUUGCAUUCUGCUUUGUGGUGGAACUGUCUGUCAUAUAUGGAUCGACUUCCUGCCUUGCAGUUAGUUCUGCUGUUUUGAUCCCAGGUCCUAGUCUUGAUGUUUUGACUUGGUCCACCCCCAUGCAGCAGAGUGAUGUGGGAAAGACCUAUGGUAGUUGAGUGGGCUGAACCACUUCCUUGUUUUAAAUAUUCCGUACAAAUCAAAAGCCAGCGCAGCAGGCAAAGGAGUGAGCUGGAAUCUUUCUUCUUAUGGUGUUAGGUCUCUAUUUGCUAUGAAUGUUUACAAGGAGGAGUAUUCAAAAGGGGCCCUCUAACAGCCGCAGUCUGAAAUGGUAUUGCCCAAUUCUGCUGCCUCUUGCGCCACCCGCUCAGCAGAUGUAUGGUUUUAAAAGCUCAUGCAACUGGAAUCUCUGUUUUGGAUGUGGCUGUUCCAUGUGUUGCCUGGUCCUGUGUCUAGUCCAGUUGGAUGGUGGUUUCUCCACCUGCCUGUGUGGAUAUUGUGGCACUACUCCUAAGCAAGAAUGUUUGGGUAACCCGUGUGUGUGUGUGUGUGUGUUGCAUGUUGACCUUCUAAGGCUGUGAUCUGGCUUCCUGACUACUUUAAGAAAGAGGACCAGGUCUCUAGCACAGGGCUCUGUCUCUAGCACGUCACCCAGAGUAGAAGCCAGUUGUGUCCAUUCCAUUGCCUUGUAGUAGCUCAGCAUUGGGGAGCCUGUGACCCUCCAGAUGUGACUGAACGAGAGCUCCCAUUAUCCCUAAUCAUUGAGUGUGAGGGCUGGGGUUUAUGGCAGUUGGAUUGCCAACAACAGCUCCAAGGACCACAGGUUCCCCAUCCCUGAUCCAGUAGUGUUGAGAUCCCUUUAGAGGUGGAUUUGUUGCAAGAUACUAUGCAAAGGAGGAGAAAAGCAGGCAGCCAUUGCCGGCUGUUUUGGCAAAGCGGAGAAGAAUCUCAUCCAGUCUAGGCUUGGUGAGAAAUGAAAUGACUUAUUAGUGUUAGAGAGAUGCAGACAUUUUUGCUUCCACCCUGCCUAGAUGCUCCCCAACAGGGGCAUUUCCUGCUGCAGGAGGAAGGUCCCUUGGCUUGAGAGCCCUCGGAUGUUCCUGCGACAGCCCAGCUCUUUUGCCAGCAACUAGAUGCCCUCGGAGCAUGUGAACUUAGGUUUCUGGCUAUGUCCUAGCACAGCCUUCCCACAACCUGGUGCCUUCCAGAUGUUUUGGGCUGCAACUCCCAGAACAUCUGGAGGGGCGCCAGGUUGGUCUGCAACACUCACCGAACAUCUGCCAGAGCUUUUUCGAAGUUUCCCUUGCGUCCCAUAUCCCAUCCCAGUGACCUCCCAUUGCUUCCUUGUGACGCCCAAACUGGGAAGUUGAAAUUUAAAUAUAUUUCAUCCCUUUGUCCUUAUUUCCACAGGCCUUUCUGCCCUCAGUUUUACUUCCUUGCUCUCCAACCAUCUUCACCAUUGCUGUAUUCAUAGGGGUGAAGAGAGAAGGAGCCGUCUAUUGUAUUAGAGGUCAAAAGCGAGGGAAGGCUCUGACCCCAAGUGGCAUAAUCCACGAGAAUGUGGGACUAUCCAUUUAAAAAAAACAAAACCCUUAUCUGUGUUAGGAAUCACUAAAUGACACUAAAUUAUUGUUGGUAUCCUUGCUCAAACACUAAUGAGGCCCAUCAUUUAGGCUUCGGAUAUUUAAUUUUGGCCUGAUCCGGUAGGAAGUUUCUUGGCACCAUCUCCAAUGAAGUGAGCGGGAACUUGUACAAGAGAAAUCCCUGCUGGAUUGGGACCUUAAUCGUUACCUCCCUUCACCUGUUCCCUUUUUUUUUUUU